AAAGGUCAAGGUUCGUUUGGGAGGGGGCCGGGUCCUUUUGCUGCGAUGAACAGAGAGCUGGGGUGCGAUGGAGGAGAAGAGACGGGGCUCUGCGGUGAGGUGGUCUCUGUACAGAGCCCUAGGGACCUCCAGCUUGCUAACGGAGAAACCAACGCGUCGAGAUACGCGUCGAUCGCCGGAGGAACCGAGGGAGAGGAUUGGAGAGGCGCCAAUGGCCGAGAAGAAUCGUCGUCUCUCUCCAGCGAGGAAGACGAGGAGGAGGGAGGAGAGGUGAGAACAGACUCGGGGUACAUGCUCCUCCCCCAGGACCCUGAGGUAAUGAAUGGUGACGAGGUUGACGAAGACGAUGGAGUGGUGACUGGACGCACGUGGGGAGAAGAUUCUUCAAACCCAUGUGAACCGGUAGAGCUGCAGUCACUAGGAGAUGGUUCAGAACCAGGUUUGGGAGGGUCUCCCAGACUGACAAGAUGGAUGGAGAGACAAGUCAGAGACUUGGCUGUAUCUGACGACAAACAAGGCAGCAGUGAAAGCCCGAGAGAAGAAAGAGGAGGAGGAAAAGACGGGCGAAGAAGUGGUUGUGAGAGUGAGAGUUGGGCCAGGUUCAGCGAGGUGGCUCCCUCCACUGACAGUGAAGAUUGGCCUCAGACAACCAGAGCUGGUUCUGCCGAGGCCACUGGCACUGUUGAACCAUCAACUUCCAUGGAGAAAGAGAAAGCAGCUGCGAUAAAGCAGGCGAUGGUUGGAUUCUCUCUGCCCAGUUCUGUCACUCCUUCGUGGGCCCACACCGUACCUGAAUCAGUCUGGAAGGCAGAGCUAAUCGGAGGGCUCAAACAGAAGAAAUCAAGGAGAAAGAAAAAGUAGAAAUUAGUGUUUUAUUGUGUGUUCUGUAAAUAUCCUGGAUAAUAAUUCUCUAGAUCAGCAGUCACAGCAGCGCGCGCACCGUAUUCACCGCGCCCGCCCACGCAAAGUACGUUAUACGUAACGCG